AUGAAAGUCUUUAUUGUCUACGCACAUCCAGAAUCAAAAUCAUUUAAUGGAUCCUUUCUAAAUGCAACUGUGAAGCAUUUGGAGUCUCGUGGGAAUGAGGUACGUGUGUCAGAUCUGUAUCAAGAAAACUUUAAAGCCAUUGUCGAUGCUUCUGAUUUUUUGAAUCAUAAUCCAGAAGAAAGGCUGCAAGUUGUUACAGCAUCCUUCUUGGCAAACAAAGAGGACAAGUUAACUGCAGAUGUAAAGAAAGCUCAAGAAAAUUUGAAAUGGGCUGAUUUGGUCGUUUUACAAUUCCCAUUGUGGUGGUUCUCGAUGCCUGCCAUCAUGAAAGGUUGGGUUGAAAGAGUGUUUUCUUGUGGGUUCGGUUAUGGUGUAGGUGAACAUUCUGAUAAAAGAUGGGGGGAUCGUUAUGGAGAGGGAAUGCUUGCCGGGAAGCGGGCAAUCUUAGCCAUCACGGUCGGUGGAUGGGUUUCACACUACAGUGCGCGGGGUAUUAACGGACCUAUAGAGGACCUUUUGUUCCCCAUUACACAUGGUGUUUUGAACUACAUUGGGAUGACGGCUAUGCCUUCGCAUAUAACUUAUCGGACCGAUGGUGCUAAUGAGGACAAGUUUGGCGAGACCACUCACGAAUGGUUUCAGAAGUUAGAUACUAUUGAAACUGCUAAUCCCAUUCCAUACCGUAAGCAGAACUUUGGCGAUUACGAAAUUCCCUCUUUGGAAUUAAAGGCCGGUCUAGAGAAACCGGGACAAUUGGGUUUUGCUCUAGCACGCCAAGAAUAA